CGUUCGCCUAUUAAUAGCCCGGCAUUUGCCAUUGGCGAGGUAAAUCAAAACAAUCAUACUACUAGAGAUCAGCAUGGAGAUCAAGCCAGAAGUGAUUCUCGUGGCCUGUUUGUUAUUCGGCAUCAGCAACAGAGGCAGUGCAGCAGGGUGCAGAACUUCAGAUCUUGUUGUCACCUCGCACACCUACCCGGAUCCGGGGGGAAGGCCAGUGCAAUACAAGAAGCUGGUGAACAACUGCGAUUGCACGCAGAAGAACGUGAAGCUGGCGUGCCCGAGGUUCAACUCUUCCAUCGAGGUCUACCCGGACACAGCCAUCAAGCCGGACGGCGACGGCAAGCUUUGCUCCCUCUAUGCCGGCCGCCCAGUUGGGCCUAAGGAGAAGGCCUUCUUCGACAUCCACUCAAGUACCCAGUUCAGCUUCCAGCCCGUCUCCACUACCAUUGUAUGUUAGGUACUGCGAAUAAAUGAUGUCAUGGCCAUAUCAGAAAUAUGCCUCCAUAGCGACAAAAACGGUGUAUUUCUGAAUAAAGUUCUUAGUUCUUACCAUCGUACUGUAUUAAAUUCA